UCCCCCUCCGUGCUGUGUGGUUCUUGAGCAAACAAAAAACCCGUCCUUCUGACUCCACUAACACAGGAUAUGAUGUAUUCCAUUUCCUCUCAACGGGUGUCUUCUCUUCAAAGGGGGUCUCAGAGAAAAGCGGAUCAUCACAGUUAUCGACAGAGAAUCCUUCUGUGAGUUAGGUCUAGACGUUGUCCCAAGUCUAUUGUUGGGCAGUGCCAGUUUGCUUUUUUUUUUUUGUGAGUGUGCAGUGUGUUAUGAAAAAGAUGUAUCCUCCCCAAGGGGCCCUUUUGAGAGGACAAGUAGGGUUAGACUGGUAGAUAGGUGGAGGUCUCUUUUUCUGACUCGUCACUGACAUGAACAAGGAUGAUGACAUGAUGGCCUCCUUGAACAAUUCAACCACCCAAUUCUCCAACAUGAAGUUGGACCUACCUCAUUACCUCCUCAUCGGGGUGUGUCUGCUCACCGUCCUGGUUUUCAUAGUGCUGGGGACUCUGUGGCUCAAAAAGUAUCGCUCCUUGGAGAGGACCAUUCGGGACCUGCGAGGAGGAAGGCCUCUGGGACAUGUACUUUCCACUCCAGACUCCCCGCUCCUCUCUCCUGCUUCCCUGAGCCCGUACCCCGUCACCUUGACAGAGAAGCUGGGGAAAGAGGACCCUGAGGAGCAGACGUCACUACAGAGAAACAAGAACAGGUCUGUCACUAACAGACUGCUUUGGAGGCCACCGCAACAGGGUCCACGCUUCACCAAGGCAGACCUCAGUCUGCUGCAGCUCAUCAAGGCAGGGAAGGAGGGAGUCUUCUACAAGGCCAGGAUGACACGGGGAACCUGCAAGGGACACGGCAUGUUCACCUGCAAGAUCACCAAAGAGGGUGUGACCCCUAAGCGUAUGGAGAUGGAGGUAUCAAUUAUGAGGAAGCUGGUGCACCACAAGAACAUUCUCCAGCUGCUGGACUGGAACACCACUGAGGAACCCUAUGUGUUGAUCAUGGAGUUUGUGAGCUACGGAACCCUGCGGCACUUCCUUCAGACCCACAAAGACGAUCUGACCUCUGACCCUGAGCUACAGAGCUUGCUCACCAUCGCGUCCUAUCACAUCGCACUGGCCAUGGAACACCUCCGAUCCAAAAUGGUGGUGCACUGUGACCUGGCCCUCAGGAACAUCAUGGUGAGCAGGUUUCCCUGGGAGGUAAAGGUGUCAGAGUUCGGUCUGGCCAGAGACCUGACCCGCAUGAAGAGCCGCCACAGCAGUCGCAGGAAACACCCACGGGAACGUGUGCCCCUACGCUGGUACCCCCCCGAGUACUUCAGAAUCAACUAUUACAGCUUCAAGGGGGACGUGUGGGCAUUUGGCAUCGUGCUGUGGGAGAUACAGACGUUUGGCACCUUACCAUACCAUGACUUGGAGACACCAGAGGCCGUCGUCUAUCACAUCUGUGCCGGUCUCAAGAACAAAGACCCCGAGGGCUGCAGGCCAGAGAUACUGCAGUUAAUGAGAGACUGCUGGAUGGAACCCUACACUUCCAGGCCCUCCUUCUCAGACAUAGUGAGAAUCGUGGAGGACAUCAUGGAGAAUGAUUCAGAUUACGUGGAUGUGGAGCACCCAAGACUUCUAGAAACGGGAGAGACGGACAGCCGCGACUCAAAAAGCAUCAAACAGUACAUCCCGACGUUGACAACUCAGCUUUGAGAUGAUUCUGUAUCUAAACGGAACAUAUUCGAUACCUGGAAUUGAUAAUGAAGUCAACAAUGUGAAGCUACUAUCUCGUGGUCAUUUCAAAUAAUUUGAAAUUAGAUAUUUUGUUAAUUAUACAUUUUCUUAAUGGCGCUACUGCCACUUAUGUAAAUAACCUGUAAGAAGUAAUAAUGACUUGUGUAAUAUUUCAGGAAAUACAAUUUUUAUUCAUUACAACAACAAAAAUGGGGGUUGUUUAAUAAUAACAGUGAUUUAUUGGCUGGGUCAUCUUGGACCAAGGAGUAUUAGCACUCAAUGUCUGCAUCCAAAAUGGAACACUAUCCCCCAUAUAAUGCACUACUUUUGACCAGAGCCCUAUGGGGUAAGUAGUGCAUUAUAUUGGGAAUAGGGUGUCAUUUUGGGAAGUGCACAAUGACAAAAGUGGAAGUUCUUGUUGAGCAGCUUUGUACUCUUAACUGCACAAUGAAUUUCCCUGCUGGGACAAUAAAGUCUGAAUUCAACAACCAAUUGGGACUGGUCUC